AUUACCACUUUCGAAGUUUUCUAUUAGCGUAAUUCCCGUGAUUACGUGGCAUAAUCUCAUUGGUUGUUUAAGGAUAAAAAUUCUCGGAAGCGGGAGUGAGAGAUUUACUCUGUUUUUUAAUUAAAUACGCGCCAAUUAUAUAGUCCCGCGCGUUAAUCUGUUAAGCGCACGUUAGCAUAAAUGAAAAAUAUUCACUAAAUGACACGUAAGCGAAAGUGUUUAACUUGAAAAAAAAAAGUUUCAACCUUUGUCUCUGUCAGAAGUAGAAAAAAAAAUUGAAGAGUUUUGAUAAAGCGAGGGCAUCAAUGGCGAGAAUCCGUAAAAGGGUUCAAGCUGUUCGUCGUGCUGCCGAUGGAAGCGCUUUCGACAAAUGGUAUUGCCCUCUUUUUUUUUUAUUUUUUUUUGGGAUUGGUCGAUUCGUGAUACUCUGUUUCGGCUUUGGUUCCAGUGAAGAAUGUGGAGAUAUGAUCGCGAUUGCUCUGUUUGAUAUGCACGAGUGUGGGGAGAAACGAAGAGAACCGAAGAGGUUCAAGUGCGUAUCGAGUGAUAGUAAACCAGUUGGGAGCUUUGAAGAUGAGCCUAGAUCACCCUUCGUCUUCUUCCUAGAGGAUUUUAGGAAAAGCUACGAUGGGAACAUGGUGGAUGCUAGUAGAAUAUGUUUCAUUGUGUGGAAGAAGAUGUCAAGAGAGGAUCAGAAACCCUUUAUAGCUCGUGCUGAAGAAGUUGAUUUGGCUCAUAACUUGAAACUAAAAGAAGAAGCUCAAAGUAUACAUAAGGCAGAUGAUGAGGCAGAUUCAAAAGCUGCUACAAAAUUUGACAAGUUAUGUGAGUGCUGUGAUCAUGAAGGGGAGGACUAUGAUUCAUCUGAUCAUUUUGAACAUGAGUUUUGGGAAGAGUGAUAGUGUACUGAAGUACUGAGACACCCGUCUUAGUGGUGGAGAGGGUUUUCACCUGUUGGGAGUUUUUUUCUUUUCGGGGAAUAUUGUGUAAAUAUAGGCAAAGAGAGGCUCAUCUUUUUCCUUAGUAUAUAUAACUUUAGAGCUAUUUCUCUUUCUUUUUUUUGGUUAGUGCUCUUUAAAUCCUUUUUUUUUCAGUCACUACCAAGGGGACAUUGAUUGUUUGGCAAAUUAACUGAUUUGAGAAACAAACAUUGGUGUA